AUGGCGGCGCCCCGCUUCCGCUUCCGGCCGGCCCGGCUCUCCUUCCCCGCCGGAGACCAGUUCUUCGAGGAGGGCGACGUCCAGCGGCACCUCUACCUCCGCCUCCUGGCCAGCCCUGUGGCCCCGGAGAAGGAAGAGGAAGAGGGGAGCCGCGGUGCGGGUCCUGCACUGCGUUGCCCCUGGGAGGACUGUGGCUCGGGGCCCUUCUCUUCGCUGCCCUCCCUGGAGCACCACUACGCCUCGGCCCACCGGAGCGCCUGCGCCGCCUGCAGAGGACGGUCCUUCCCUUCACAACGCCUCCUCGAACUCCACCUCCGGGAGAAGCAUGACCCCCUCCUCCUGCCACAGACAACGCUGCCUUUCCAUUGCCUGGUGGAGGGCUGCCCAGAGGCCUUCCGGAGCCCCUCCGAACGCAAGGAGCACCUGCUAGAGCCACCCUUUCAAGAACCUUCUGGACUGUCUCUCGGCCUCCAUUUUGGCAGCACUAGCGCAAAGGGAAGACAGGUCCAAUCCACGCACAGCAAAGACAGCGGUGGAAGCAGCAGUGUCAGCGUUGUCCCCAUGGAUGUGGCAGAGGGCCAGGAAGAGGUGCUGCCAGCUGCCACAGAUGCCAUGGAAGUGGGUCCCAGCGGGAGUGCAGAGGAGCAGCAAGACGAGGAGGAGGUGGCCACCUUCCAGCAGGUGCCGCCCAGCGUCUUUGUGGCAUCAGAGAAGUGGGUCUACAGAUCCCGAGUCCCAGCUACCAUUUCUUUUGGGCAAGGAGCCCCCCGGGCCUUUGAAGGCUGGAGGAGGAGGAAGAAGUUCUGA